AUGGUCACAAACUGCCAGAUAGCAGAUUUAGGCGAGAUAGCAGGAAAAACUUCUUCACGGUACCGUAAGGGCGGCGUGGCCUCGGGCAUGCGGCACGUGGAGACCAACACGCACCAGGUGCGGCGCCUGCUGCACGUCAAGGGCCGGAGGCGCGUGGCGGCCGGCGAGGUGGAGCUGAGCUGGAAUAGCUUCAACCUGGGCGACGUCUUCCUCCUCGACCUGGGCCAAGUCCUUGUGCAGUGGAAUGGGCCCGAGAGCAACCGGCGCGAGCGCCUGCGGGCAAUGACCCUGGCCAAGGAGAUCCGGGACCAGGAGCGUGGCGGCCGUGCCGUCGUGGGCGUCGUGGACGGCGAGGACGAGGCCGCGUCCCCAGAUCUCAUGCGGGUGAUGACCGAGGUGCUGGGCGAGCGCAAGAAGCUCGCAGCCGCCACCCCCGACACCCUGGUUGACCAGGCCCUGGCCACCUCGCUCAAGCUGUACCACGUGUCCGACGCCGAAGGGAACCUCCUGGUGCAGGAAGUCGCCGUCCGGCCCCUGGCCCAAGACAUGCUGAGCCACGACGACUGCUACAUCCUGGACCAGGGCGGCAGCAGGAUCUUCGUGUGGAAGGGGAAGAAUGCCAGCCGGCAGGAGCGGGACCAGGCCGUGAGCAGGGCCCUGGGCUUCCUCAAGGCCAAGGGCUACCCAGAGACCACAUCCGUGGAAAUACAGAACGAUGGGGCCGAGUCACCCGUCUUCAAGCAGCUUUUCCAGGGCUGGACAGAGCCGCAGCAGAGCCAUGGCCUAGGCCAGACCCACGCCCGCGGCACCGUGGCCAAGGUGGAGCAGGUGAAGUUUGACGCCACGACACUGCACGCCCAGCCCCAAGUGGCUGCGCGGACCCGCAUGGUGGAUGACGGCUCCGGCGAGGUCCAGGUGUGGCGAGUGGUGGAGCGGGAGCUGGUGCCCGUGGAGCGGCGCUGGCUGGGCCACUUCUACGGCGGCGACUGCUACCUGGUGCUGUACACCUACGAGGCGGGCGGCCGCCCCCAUCGCAUCCUCUACAUCUGGCAGGGCCGCCACGCCAGCCCAGACGAGCUGGCCGCCUCAGCCUACCAGGCGGUGAUCCUGGACCAGGAGUACGGGGGGGAGCCCAUGCAAGUGCGCGUGCCCAUGGGCAAGGAGCCCCCGCACCUGCUGGCUGUCUUCAAGGGCAAGAUGGUGGUGUACACCGGCGGCAGCUCCCGGGCCGGAGCCACAGAGACGGCGCCGGCCACACGCCUGUUCCACGUGCACGGCGCCAGCGAGACCAGCACGAAAGCCAUCGAGGUGCCCGCCCGUGCCGCCGCCCUCAACUCCAACGACGUCUUCGUGCUCAAGACCCCGGCCUGCUGCUACCUCUGGUACGGCAAGGGCUGCAGCGGGGAUGAGCGGGAGAUGGGCAAGAUGGUAACCGACCUCAUCGCCAAGACGGAGAAGCUGGUGGUGGCCGAAGGGCAGGAGCCCCCCGCCUUCUGGGCCGCGCUGGGCGGGAAAGCCCCCUACGCCAGCAGCAAGAGGUUGCAGGAGGAGACACCGUGCGUCGCCCCCCGCCUCUUUGAGUGCUCCAACCAGACAGGCACCUUCGUGGCCACUGAGAUCGUGGACUUCAACCAGGAUGACCUGGAGGAGGACGAUGUCUUCCUGCUGGACACCUGGGACCAGGUUUUCUUCUGGAUCGGGAAGGAGGCGAACGCGAGCGAGCAGGAGGCGGCAGCGGUGAUGGCCCAGGAGUACCUGAGCUCCCACCCCAGCGGGCGCGACCCCCGGACCCCCAUCAUGGUGGUGAGGCAGGGCCACGAGCCCCCCACCUUCACCGGCUGGUUCCUGGCCUGGGACCCCCUCAAGUGGCAAGACAAGAAGUCGUAUGAGGAGCUGAGGGCUGAGCUUCAAGACAACAAAAACUUUAGCCUUGUCACAGCAGGGCUCACGGGAAAGCAGGAGGUUUUUACGACCUCGACCACGACCACAAACACACUGAGCUCAAGGACCCUGCAGACCUUCCCCCUGGAGGAGCUGCUGAACAAGGCCGCAGAGGAACUGCCCCAGGGAGUGGACCCCAGCAGGAAGGAGGAGCACCUGAGUGACCGGGACUUCCAGGACGUGUUCGGGAUGUCCUGGGGUGCCUUCGCCGCACUGCCGCUCUGGAAGAGGCAGAAGCUCAAGAAGGAGAAGGGGCUCUUCUGAGGCGGUGCCAGCCCCUGAGUGCUUGGGGACACCGGCAUGGGGGGCUCUGUCCCAUGCUCCGCCGUGGCCCUCAAGGCGGCCGCCACCUCGCCCAGAUGCUACCCAAUAAAUCCAGUGCACA